GCGCUGCUUUCAUGUAUAAAUAUGGAAAGGCUACUCGACCUUACUCCAUCGUCUUCUUUCUCCAACGCAAACGAACUAAGAUGGCAGUCCUACCCAUUCUCAUUCUCUUCUUCUCUUCCCUAAUCACAGUUCCUGCCUUUUCAGCUCCAGAUCUUGAUGCACUUCUCCCAAAUGGCAACUUUGAAGAAUCCCCCAAGCCAUCCCACCUGAAUAAAACAGUCAUCCUAGGCAAGCAUGCACUCCCCAUGUGGGAAAUCCAUGGCCUGGUUGAGUAUGUAUCUGGUGGGCCCCAGCCAGGUGGCAUGUUCUUUGCCGUCAAACACGGCAUCCACGCCAUUAGGCUCGGGAACGAGGCAUCGAUCUCCCAAUCGAUACCAGUUAAGAAAGGCUCCCUCUAUUCACUGACAUUUGGAUCUUCAAGGACAUGUGCGCAAGAUGAGGUUUUGAGGGUCUCUGUUCCUCCUCUAUCUGGUGAUCUGCCUUUGCAGACCCUCUACGACAGCUAUGGAGGGGAUACAUAUGCAUGGGGAUUCAAGGCUGCUUCGAACAUUGCUAAUGUUACAUUUCACAAUCCAGGGAUUCAAGAGGACCCUGCAUGUGGGCCCCUCUUGGAUGCUGUGGCCAUUAAGGAGCUCUUCCCACCAUUGCCCACAAGAGAUAACCUUGUAAAGAAUGGCGGUUUUGAAGAGGGCCCCCAUAUAUUCAAGAACUCCACCUCGGGCGUCCUCCUCCCGCCCAAACAGGAAGACAUCUACUCCCCACUCCCUGGUUGGAUUAUUGAGUCCUUGAAAGCCGUUAGAUACCUAGACUCGAAGCACUUCUUCAUCCCCGUCGGUCUAGCUGCAGUUGAACUGGUCUCAGGGAGAGAGAGUGCCAUUGCCCAAGUCCUAAGAACCGUCCCCAACAGAUUCUACAACCUCACAUUCGUGGUUGGGGAUGCGAAGAAUGGAUGCCAUGGAUCGAUGAUGAUGGAAGCAUUCGCAGCUAAAGACACCAUCAAGGUCCCAUUCGAAUCCCGUGGAAAGGGUGGAUUCAAGGCUGCAAGCCUCAAGUUCAAAGCAGUUGAUGCAAGAACAAGGAUCACGUUUUUCAGCUCUUACUACCACACCAAGGUUCAUGACCCAGUCUCUCUUUGUGGGCCCAUCUUGGAUCAGGUUAGGGUUUAUCCCAUCUCCAAGUGAGACAUCAUCCCUGAGUAAUGAUAUUUUUAAAUUAUAGGGUCUGCAACGGUCGCAUGGUCUUGGCUUUUGUUGAGCUUUACUAGUGGGCCUUUCCUUUUGUCUUUGUACUAUGAUCUUAUCUCCUUGUGCUUUGAAACACAUGUAUAUUUUAUGCAUGCAAUCCUUGAAUUGAGAGAUCUC